AUGACUAACUCUCCCCCAAGAUUGAACCAACACAUUCACUUUUCUUCGACCUCUACUUCAUCAACAAAUCCUUCUGCAGACGAUAUAAUACAUCAUGGAUCAUCCCCACCUGAAGUAGAAACCAUUGAUCCACUGAUUCAUGUUGUGAGCUCUCCAAGACCAGCAUCGCCUUCUCCUCAAGUUGCAACUGUCCCUCCAAUGCCAAUUCCUAUACAGACUAUUGCUACCUUUAAGGGGGAGACUAGUUCCAACUUUCAAAUGAUUAUGAUCUCCAAGAUCUCCCUAUUGGUUCAUAUGACUCUGUCUCUUGGAGAAUGA